AUGACUGAACCGAUAGUACUCAUCAUGUCGGCGGACGAAACCGUCAAGCCGGAGAGCGUAAUUGAAUUAAUACGCAAGGCAACGAACGAACAGGACGCAAUAGUCCUCAGUAGUGAUGCUCCGGAAUCGAUCGGCUACCCCUACGUAAUUAGCAAUAAGUACUACACAAAAACACUGAUCCUGUACGCACACGGUUCCGCCGAUCUGGCCACAGUGUCCAGUGCAAUUUUGAAUCGGACGGAAGCGUUGUUUGUCUACUUCAACGCAAAAGACCGUACCUUCCUCGAGCGUAUUCCGCUGUAUGCAGAUUUCGCACAGUCACGCCCGAUCGAGUUAGCUGUUCUGCUUUGCUCGUCGCUGCCAGAAAGCAGCACCGAUGGCAUCACAUACAGUGAGGCGAAACACUACAACGCCCUGCUGGACGUGAUCGAGCUCGAGCCGGCCAGAGAGAACGAUGAGGAGGAGGAUGACGAUGGGCAAGCGGUUGGGGUGGAAGAACUCAUCCAGACGAUGCAUAACUUUGUGUGGUCGGACAUGAACGUAAACGAGGAACCCGAACGCUCCCCGACACCCCCGCCGCAGGAUCUCGUUAGCUCCCUGCUCUCGGCUAACCGGGACGAUCCGAACGGACCGUUCACGGAGGAGGAAGAGCGAAUAAUCGAAUCCGAGCUGCGAGGGUUCCAGCGGAUCUUGACGGAAGUGAUAAACUUCCAACCGAACACCUCCAACUGGACCCGCAAUCAGCGGCUAACGUUCGCCGAGGAAGUAGCAGAGAUGUUCGACAACCUGGUCGAGGAGGACGAUAUGGGCCCGUACGGUGUGAGCCGAUUCGAGGGUGAACCGCCCCGGUUCGAUGGCUUGCACCGAUUCGGGGGCGAUCCGAAUCGAUUUGAUGAUGAACAGCUUUAAAGCGAAGCGUCACCGAGUCACCUUCUA